CUCCCCCCUCUCCUCCUCAACAAAUCCCCCACGAUCUCUCCCUCUCUCCGCAGUCUCAGUGAAUGCUCUAAUCGGAACCCUAAUUCCCUCUUUCAAACUCUCCGCCAUGGCCGAUAACUCCUCCAGCAUCGAUGCGUGGGCUUACCGCCCAAUCUUCCCCGAUUCCGCGAGCUGGAUCACCGAUUCCUUCAUUCGGGACAACGAAGCCCUAACAAAAGCCCUUCAGAUCUCCCUCUCCGACGAUUCUUCCGCUUCCGAAACCCUUUCCUCAACCGCCUAUCUCCGGCCACCGCAGCCGCCAAUCGCGGCUCCUUCUCGCAGUCCAAUCGCAUGCUCGCCGUCGAGGAAGAUCACGAAGAGAAAAUCGCGAGCGUCGAAGCGGUCGCCGACGACCUACAUCAACGCUGAUCCGGCGAACUUUCGCCGGAUGGUUCAGGAAGUGACCGGAAUACGGUUAGGGGAUGGUGGUGUGCCGGUCGAGCCGGUGGGCAGACCGGAGCCGCAAAGGAGCGGGUUGGGUCGGCCGGGUCAGGUACAGGGGUACUUGCCGACGCUUGAUACGUCGGCUCUGCUUCUCGACAGGGCCGGGUUAGUCGGGCCGGGGACGUUAGCUUGCGGCUCAUUUGGACCGGGGGUUGAUGGGCCGGUUUUUGAAUUUGAGCCGUUUCCGAGUUUCCCUACUCUGGAGUCAUGGGGGAUGUAGGGAAAAAAAAAAUAUGAUAAUAAUAUUUUUUUAUUUUGCUUUGUAAGUUUUUUAACAGGCGUCUGAUGCGGAUCAGAUGGACAGGAGGCUGUACAUCGCGUUAAAACGUUUUUUCCUUAUGUGGGAAGCUGCGUUGGGAAGGCUUGUUUAUUACUUUCUUUAUUAGUAGCUCCUUUUUUUUUUGGCUUUUACUUAAAAUUAAUAAUAAAUAGUAGUUUUUUUCA